AGGAGAAAGAGAGCUCUAUCCCAAGUAAUCAAAUACGCCCCGCGUACAACCGCUGGACCACAUUUGUGUGAACUACGGGAGUUAGUGUGCGUGCGACGCAAACAUGCUGAAGGCGGCAAUCUGUCCCGUGCAGAACUUCCUCUGAAGUGCCUGAAACUUUUCGAUAACUCGGUGCGGCGUCUCUCGAUGCUUUUGCGCCAACUUCAGUGGGAAGACUAAAACUAAAUUCCUUGGAUCGGCCGGCUGCAUCAAGAACUGGACGUUGCACAGUUGCUGCUGGUCUCCCCCUGUGUGCCUCCGUGUAGCAGCCAUGGGUAGCAAAACCCUCCCGGCCCCUGUCCCUCUCCACCCGUCUCUCCAGCUGGCUAAUUACUCGCUCCUGCAGAGCUCCAGCGGCUUCCAGCUGCCUGCCGACCACAUGCCGAGCGUCUACAGCUUCAGUGCCCUGCACGCCGUGCACCUACACCACUGGACGCUGGGCUACCCACCCUUCGCCCUGCCGCGGUGCACCUUCUCCAAGCUGCCGGGCCUGGUGGAUGCCCGCAUCCCGUUGCCCUCCAUCCCGCUCUUGCCACACCUCAUGCAGCCCGGGAAGCCGGAGGCGUCUGGCGUGGCGGCUUCGGCGGCGGCCGCCGGCGGGGGCGCCAAGAACAAGCCACGCUUCGACUUCGCCAACCUGGCGGCGGCCGCCACGCAGGAGGAGGAGCCGCUCAAGGCUGAAGACCUGAGCGCCAGCACCGGACACGGCCGCCCACCCUCGCUGGGCUGCCUGCUGGACGCUGCCAAGCUCUCGUCGCCCGAACGCAAGCCCAACCGCGGCCGCCUGCCCUCCAAGACCAAGAAGGAGUUCGUGUGCAAGUUCUGCGGACGCCACUUCACCAAGUCGUACAACCUGCUGAUCCACGAGCGCACGCACACGGACGAGAGGCCCUACACCUGUGAUAUCUGCCACAAGGCCUUCCGGAGGCAGGACCAUCUGAGAGACCACCGGUAUAUCCACUCCAAAGAGAAGCCUUUUAAAUGCCAGGAGUGCGGAAAAGGCUUCUGUCAGUCCCGAACUCUUGCUGUCCACAAAACAUUACACAUGCAGGUCAAAGAGCUGAAGCCUGCCAAGAUAAAGUGAGGUCACCGUUACGGCCAACGGGGACACUGGAAAGCCAAUAACCUGAGGGCAGUAGCCAAUAACAGUGCCAGACCAAAAGAGACUACUUCCACAUGACGAGAGAGGAAACGGAGUGAGGCUUGAACCGGCAUGAAACCGAAAUGUGGAUUUAUGCAAGAGCUCGCCAAGACUUCGAGCUCGUCCACCUGCUAAGCAGCCACUCUGAACAAUUGGACCAGCCAGGAUCUAAGUGGCAUAGGACUCCAUAGCUGCAGAACCCUGGAGUAACAUACCCGAGCGUGUUUUAAGCCCGCCGGAGGCCGGCGAGCCAGGGUUUGACGAGUUGUCUCGUAUGGCUCACAUCCAGAGGACAGAGUCAAAUGAUAAUGUAUAAAAUGUGAUCUCAGCUAUUCCUGUCACCAGUUUUAGAUGCUGGCGGAUCAUUCAGCUUUUCGAUUAUUGAUUGUUGGAGAACGUUCGCUGUUGGCUGGAGAAAACCAAAUGCUGAAUCCCACAGAGCCUCCAUGACUUUCAAAAACCGAGAUUGUGAAGAACCGAAGCAACGCAGCCAACCGUCAGCCCCACUAUCCAAAGACACAUUCCAACCUUUUUUUUUCCUUUUUUUUGUACAGAUUUCCUUUUGUAUAACUGUUAUUUUGGCACUUUAAUCAGUUUAUUGAUUAUUUACAUAUAUCACUGGAUUCCUUAAACUUAUUUUAAAAAUAAAUAGCCAUUUUGUUAACAAAAA